AUGUCUUCUCCAGUCCUCCCAUCUUCGACUAGCGUCCUCCACAAAUUGAACGAGCAGGUAUCCCGGCCGGUGACAGUGUCAGCCUGUCUUGAGGCCGUCUCUUCGCUGUCUGAGUCUGAGCGCAAGGCCCUUGUUGAGUCCCCUGCCAAGUACCAGCUCGUAUCUACAGACAAGGAAGCAUUCACGACCGCUGCUGUGCAGGCACUGGCCUCGGAUGACCUGGACCAAGUGCUUGGGGAUGCUGCCAGCGGGGCCUCUGCUGCAGUCAAUGGCAUCAUUGAACUAAUGGUUGCGCUUCUCCUCAAUUUAGCAUGGGCUGAUACAAUGAACGGCACGCACCUCACUGAAGAGUAUGAACCAAUUCUGAGGCUCUACUGCGAGACUAUGAGAGAUGGGGUUCCGCUUUCCAACACGAUUGCGGAGUAUGCAGAGGACUUCGACAACAAGAUCAUUGAAUUCUGUGCAGAUGGUUCUCUCACUAUAGAUGAGCGCCUAUCGACAAUCCGAGAAUAUAUCAAGGAUGCGCAAGGAUACCAAACCACGGCAGAUGAGAUGCACAGCACCCUAGAGUCUGUAUUUGACAAAACCUUGGAUUUCGUAAACCAACUUGGGAGCCAGUCUCUACUGAAGCCAGGCGCAAAGGACGAAAAGGAGGCAAAAACCGUCCGCGCACGGAGGACGUCAGCAAAGACGAUCUUUUCAGCUGGUUCAGCUGGUCCGCUCGAUGCAAAAGUCCCGGCACUCAAAGUCGCCCUGGUAUCACCUUUCGGGCGAUAUGUGAUGGUUGCUGGCUUGCUUGGAGUUGCAAACGCCGAAGCGAUAAAUGCGGCCUUUUCUUUAGCUGCAUCUAUGGCCAGUUGGGAAUAUGUACCUAUCGAUAGAGUCAUAUCCGACCUAGCCACACGAUCAGGAAGUGGGACAGAUACGAACACGGAGUACUUCAACGAGUUUCGAGAGCAUAUCGAAGUCCUCGCCGGCUAUUGGCAGAGUGCCCUCGUCGAUGCGCGAGAAAUCGAGCUAUGGCUGAAUGAUGGUGCCUCCUUUGUAGACAUGCCCACGUACAUGAACAUGGCACUGAAUGAAGGGGCCAAAAUCUACGUGGAAGUAGGCAAGUACUUGCGACUAUACGCCGAAGAGACCAACCAAAUCCCUUGGGAUGAGUGGUUGAACGCCGAUAAGAGGAUUCGUAAUUGA